GCGGGGAUCCCAUUCCCCACCAAUUAACUUCAAAGCAACAGUAGCAAAGCAAAUGGCUUAGGCUGUUCGGCGGCGGCAGCAGCAGCAGACUCCGAUGGCGCAGCAACAGGCUCUGGUGGUGGUAGCAGCAGCAGCAGCAGCAGCAGCGGAUGGGUCCGACAACAACAGCAGUGGAUGGGUCCGGCAACAGCAGCAGCAGAUGGGUCCGGCAGCGGCAGCAGCGGCAGCAGCAGAUGGGUCGGCAGCAACAGCAGAUGGCUCCUACAGCAGCAGUAGAGCAGAUGGCUGUUCAGCAGCAACAGCAGCAGAUGGGUUCGGUGGUGGUAGCCGGUAGCAGCAGCAGAGCAGAUGGCUUUGGCUGAACAGCAGCAGCAGCAACAGAUGGGUCCGGUGGUGGCAGCAACACAUGGUCCGGCAGCAGCAGCAAUGGCUCCGGUGACAGCAACAGCAACAGUAGGGAAACUGAAGGUGAGAUGAAUGUGAGAGAUGUGUGAAGCUGCAGUUAAAGAGAUUGAGUGAUGGGAAUUAAAAUAAAUUAGGGUUAGGGUU